UUCCGGCGGGGUGCCGUAUGGGCUAAAGUUUUGGUACCGAACAUACCGGUACAAAAUGGUGUCGUUCAUAUUAUCGAUAAUGUUUUAGGGAUUGUCACCCACACAAUUGAUCAGUUGUUAAUGGGUAAUCCAAGGUGUACAACUCUAAUGCGCUAUAUGAACACAAUUGGUCAACUGGUUCGCGGUUAUCUAUCGGCGAGUGGUGGUCUGGUGACUUUCUUUGCUCCAUACAAUGAAGCAUUCGAACGUAUUCCCGAAAAUAUCGAACGACGUCUGCUGAGGAAUCGUAUUUGGCUGGAGCAGGUUUUGAAGCUACACAUUGUACCGGCCAAAGAGUUGACCAGUAACGAAAUCACCAAUCAAACAAUUGUAAACUCGGUUGAUAAUCGAUUCCAGCUCUAUUUCAUACGAGGCGAAUGGCCGAAAAAUAAUAUCACAUAUUACGUGAUUGGUGCCGGUAUUAAAGCAGCUCUGAUUCAAGAGAAUGUGGCAGGGACAAAUGGUAUCGUACACUACAUUGAUCGGGUCCUUGGGGUACCCUAUCAAACACUCUGGGAACUGAUUCGGAACGAUACACAGCUACAGUAA